AUGGAGAAAGGGACGAGUUCAAGGGCAUCAUCUGGAUCUUCGUACGAGGUUUUUCUAAAUUUUCAAGGAGUAGACACUCGUCAUGGAUUUACUGAUUUUCUUUACCAUGGGAUGGUUGGUGCUGGAAUCCUUGUCUUUAGGGAUAGUGAAUCCCUCCAUGUCGGUAAAGAAAUUGGUGCUGAACUUCUACAAGCAAUUGAGAACUCCAAGAUUUACAUUCCCAUAUUCUCCGCAAAUUAUGCUUCAAGUUGCUGGUGUCUCCGAGAGCUUGUGUACAUGGUCGAGUGCACCUUGAAAUCAAAUGGGAACAAGGAGAUUCUGCCUAUUUUCUUGGACGUGGAAUCUGUUGAUGUCAAGCUGAAAACAAACUUGUAUAAACAAACUCUUUCAAAGCACCAAGAGGCGUUUUGCAGUGAAGCAGAGUCAUGGCAAAAGGCUCUCAUUGCAGUGGGCAAGAUAAAAGGAUGGAACUUGAAGAAAGAUGAAAGCCAAGUAGAUUUGAUCCAAUCGAUAAUUGAAGCUGUUUUGGUUAAGCUGAAUGUCAGAUAUAAAAAUGUGACUGAGUACCUAGUUGGAGUUGAUGAUCGUGUAGAAGCUAUAAUCAAGAUGUUGGAUGUGGAAUUUGAUGAUGUGAAAUUUCUCGUGAUCCAUGGAAUGGGAGGUGUUGGCAAAACAACACUAACCAAAGUCGUCUUCAACCGAUUGUCUUCUCGGUUCCAAGGCUGCAAUUUUCUUUCGGAUGUUCGAGAGUCAUCAGAACGACAGGGCUUGGUACAUUUGCAAAAGCAAUUACUAUCCAAGUUCCUUGAUCGUUAUUAUGUUGACCAAAUUAGUGAAGUGGAUCAUGGAAUUCACAUGAUUAAGAGGGUGCUUCAUAAUAAAAAAGUUCUCAUUGUUCUUGAUGACGUGGAUAAAAACAAGCAGCUGAAAUAUUUGGCAAAAAAAGGAAAUUGGUUCGGUUCUGGUAGUCGAAUUAUCAUUACUACCAGAUACAAAAGUGUCCUAAUGAUUGACAGAGAAGCGACAAGUGAAGGUCCUAUAAAUUGUGCAAAUGUUUGUACUUAUGAAGUACAGGAAAUGGAAUUUUGCCAUGCUCUUGAGCUUUUCAGUAGGCAUGCCUUCAGGAGAGACUCUCCACCUGAUGAUUAUGUCGACCUUUCUGAAAAAGUUGUCUCCACUUUGGGAAAGCUUCCUUUAGCUCUUGAAGUCACUGGUUCAUCCCUUUCUGGUAGAUCCAAAGAAUUUUGGGUAGACACUUUGAAGAAGCUAGAAAAAGCUCCUUCCAUGGAAGUCCAAAAAACAUUAAUGAUAACUUAUGAAAGGACACAUGUGCUGGAGUGGGACUCUGCUUAUCACUCUAGCAUUGUACCCCUAUAUGAGGUGGAAGAACUAGCAUCUGGCAAAACCCGGCAAUUCUGGCCCGAGCUCUGGUCUUCUAGUUUAAGAGAGUUCGAAAUUGAGAAAUUUAGAGUUGGAAAGGGAAAGAUUGAGAGAUUUAGAGUUGGAAAUCGAAAGAUCGAGAGAUUUAGAGUUGGAAAUGGAAAGAUCAAGAGGUUUAGAGUUGGAAAUGGAAAGAUCAAGAGGUUUAGAGUUGGAAAUGGAAAGAUUGAGAGGUUUACAGUUGGAAAUGGGAAGAUUUUUACGGUUGGAAAUGGAAAGAUUGAGAGGUUUACAGUUGGAAAUGGAAAGAUUGAGAGAUUUAGAGAAAUCGGGAUCGUUUCUAUUGAAAAUGGAAAGAUUGAGACAUUUAGUGAUGCGUACGUGCAAGUUCUCCCCAAGAGCACUUCGUCUAUUGCACAUGAAGAUUCUGGAAGAGGUAAAUUUGUUCGGAUGCUCCUUUUCCAUGGAAAGGAUGUCAAACCUAUCGAACUUGAGAAAGCUAAGGAAGCUCAGAGUAGGAGAAUGUCCAAAGCUAAGAAGCGUGGAAGGUCUAAAUCACUUGGAAUCUUUACAGAAGUUGUGGAUUCGUGA